UCUGCAGGAGAAAGUGGGUGAGAGCUGCGGCCGCCCCUGCAUGGGGAAAGGGGCCACAGGAAGGCCCUGCGAGUGCAGCUGGGGCCAACAGGAACAGCAGGACACCCUCUAGAGGUGGCCCCAGCCUCCUCUGCCCAGCCCUUCCCGAACUCUCCAUCAUCCCUGUCUCCAGUCACCCAGUCAGCAUGGCUGUGAUGGACACUGGACCACAGGGCUGAAAAGAUCCAGAGAACACACAGAGGAAUAGGCCACCUUACACACAGAUGGGGCCCCUCCUCUGGGAAGGGAGCACUUUGUGCACAGAAGUUUGAGGGGGAGGAGCUGGGUGUGGUGGCUCACGCCUGUAAACCCAGCACUUUUGGAGUCCCAGGUGGGAGGAUCGCUUGAGCCCAAGAGUUCAAGACUGGCCUGGACAACAUAAGGAGAUCCCCAUCUCUACAAAAAAAUUUUAAAAAUUGGCCAGGAGUGGUGGCGCAUGCCUGUGGUCCCAGCUAGUCAGGUCCCAGGCUGAGGCAGGGAGGCAGGAGAAUUGCUGGAGCCCGGGAGGUGGAGGCUGCAGUGACGCAUGACCAUGUCACUGCACUCCAGCCUGGAGGACAGAACAAGGCCCCGUCUCAAAAAAAGUAAAAAGAAAAAAAAAAGAAAAAGAAAAUAAAAGAAACUUAAGAGGGCGGUGGGGUGAGGGCAGGAGCCUACAAGGUGCGUGCCAUUCUCUUCAGGCAGCCCCAGCCCUGGCAGCAUCCCCUCCUCCCAGCUACAGUCUAUAGUCAGCGACCCCCACCCGUCUCCCCCUUGCCAACCCCAUCUGCUGGGGAUGUAGGUCCAUGUCCUUGACCCAUGACCUUCCCUCAUUCCUGCCCCCAUCCCUCCUCAAGCCAUAUCCCUUACAUCCCUUGAGUCCUCCAUCCCCCCUCCCCCAGCUCCCUGUCCACAGCCUCUGCCCCUCCUCUCCCUACCCUGUACCACCCCACCCCAGGUCUUCCUCCAUCUCCUUGGGAACACAGAGCUCCUCUAGCAGGCACUCUCAGAACACAGCCUGCCGGCCCAGCGCCAGGCCUUGCUCCCAGCCUCUUCCCACCACAGCAGCCUCUUCCCUCCGGAUUCAGCUCAGGCACCAGGACCGGCAGGACCGAGACGCUUCCCACGUCAGCCCUGGCCAAAGCCCAGCUCCUUAUCCAUCGGUGAGCCGCCUGCCAGCUCCUGCUCCAGCUGCUGAGAGGCCUGAAGAGACCAAGACAGAGACACAGCCCCGCAGCACCACAGGGAGGCCCCAAUUACCCCAUGCGAAUGAGUUUCAUGGCCAUCUCUAACUAAGGUCAGCACUGUUCAGGGCAGGUUCAUAGGUAACGACCUGGUGAACUGAAAAGCAAAUUUCUCUCGGUCCCUAAAGCCACUCGCCGAGCAUCUAAGCAUGAAACGUGAGACCUAAGAGGGGUAGCAAACACGUUUUCAUUCACUUCUCACCAAACCUGUCUCCUAUGCCCAUUUUACAGAGGAGGAAACUGAGGCACAGAGACUUCAAGGUAGAUGGCCAGGUACCCUGGCUCUGCCAGCCUGCCUUUCAGCAGGGGCUUCAAUGGUCUUGCUCAAAUCACAUCCGCACUGACGAAUUUCCCUGUCGACUGUAGGUUCUCUUGUUGCUCUGAGUCCUUUUCCUGAGAAACUGGGGGUAGUUUGGUGUUUCAAUCAGGGCGAUAUCUUUCAUCUCUCACCUUCUUCCCUGCCUUGUCUCUCCUUGGCCAUACUGGGCUUCCGGGCCCUGCACCCCUUCCUGCACCCUUGUCACGCCAUGCAUCUGGGGGAAGUUACACAACCACAGCUGUGCAGACCCAGCCCCACAAGAUUCCCAGAGGGCAGUCCACAGGGGCCCCGGCACCUCCUAUCAUCCUUGCCCCAGGCUUUGGCAGGCAGCUCCUGCACACUCCCCUCAGCCCCAUUCCAGGCCCACAGCCCCUCAAGCUUCCACCCAGCCCCAGCCACUAACUCUCAAAUGACAAAUGUGUUUCCUGUUUCAUCAGGACAGGACAUCGAUGUCAUCUGUAACUUCCGGUGCACUGGGGCACACAGCUGCAUCUCCCCAUGCUCACCUCCUGCCUCUUGCUCUGCCAAGUGUGAGGACUCAGCCUGGAUCACCUCCUCCAGGACAAGAAGAACCUACCAUCAUCUGUCCAUCCAAUCUACCCACCCAUCUAUCUCUGCCUCUGGGCAUGCAUCCGUCCGUCCAUCCAUCCCCGCCUCUGUGCAUGCAUCUGUCCAUCCAUCCCCGCCUCUGUGCAUGCAUCUGUCCUUUCAUCCCUGCCUCUGUGCAUGCAUCUGUCCGUCCAUCCAUUCCCGCCUCUGUGCAUGCAUCUGUCCGUCCAUCCAUCCCCGCCUCUGUGCAUGCAUCUGUCCAUCCAUCCCCGCCUCUGUGCAUGCAUCUGUCCUUUCAUCCCUGCCUCUGUGCAUGCAUCUGUCCAUCCAUCCAUCCCUGCCUCUGUGCAUGCAUCUGUCCAUUCAUCCCCGCCUCUGUGCAUGCAUCUGUCCGUCCAUCCAUCCCCGCCUCUGUGCAUGCAUCUGUCCAUUCAUCCCUGCCUCUGUGCAUGCGUCUGUCCAUCCAUCCAUCCCUGCCUCUGCGCAUGCAUCUGUCCAUUCAUCCCUGCCUCUGUGCAUGCAUCUGUCCGUCCAUCCAUUCCCGCCUCUGUGCAUGCAUCUGUCCGUCCAUCCAUCCCCGCCUCUGUGCAUGCAUCUGUCUGUCCAUCCAUCCCCGCCUCUGUGCAUGCAUCUGUCCUUCCAUCCAUCCCUGCCUCUGUGCAUGCAUCUGUCCGUCCAUCCAUCCCUGCCUCUGUGCAUGCAUCUGUCAGUCUAUCCAUCCCUGCCUCUGUGCAUGCAUCUGUCCAUUCAUUCAUCCCUGCCUCUGUGCAUGCGUCUGUCCAUCCAUCCAUCCCUGCCUCUGCGCAUGCAUCUGUCCAUUCAUCCCUGCCUCUGUGCAUGCAUCUGUCCGUCCAUCCAUUCCCGCCUCUGUGCAUGCAUCUGUCCGUCCAUCCAUCCCCGCUCUGUGCAUGCAUCUGUCUGUCCAUCCAUCCCCGCCUCUGUGCAUGCAUCUGUCUUCCAUCCAUCCCUGCCUCUGUGCAUGCAUCUGUCCGUCCAUCCAUCCCUGCCUCUGUGCGUGCAUCUGUCAGUCUAUCCAUCCCUGCCUCUGUGCAUGCAUCUGUCCAUUCAUCCAUCCCUGACUCUGUGCAUGCAUCUGUUCAUCCAUCCAUCCUUGCCUCUAUGCAUGCAUCUGUCCGUCCAUCCAUCCCUGCCUCUGUGCAUGCAUCCAUACCUGCCUCUGUGCAUGCAUCUGUCAGUCUAUCAAUCCCCGAUCCCUUCUUUGUAAUGGUGUUGAGCGCUCACAACUCCCUCAUCCUAAGACGCUCGUUGGAUCCAUUCCCUCCCCUCACCCCAUGCCGCUCUCUGCCCUCCCUUUCCGGUCAAGUUCUCCAGCCAGUGGUCUCAACUCAAUCUUCACUUCCCCCGCUCCUCUCAAACCUAUCCCCACUGCAUUCUAAAUUCUUCCCCAACGCGCUGGGCCUACCACUAAAAAGGUCACUUUGUCCGUGGAUGACCAAACACAGGCCAAUGUAACUUACUGGGCUUGUUUUGCCCCAGCCACAGCUGACCACUUCCUCCUUCACUCUUGUUGUUGAUCACCUUUGGGCUUAGUCUUUCUCCAUCUCUGUUGAGUCCUUCUCCCCUGCCACCUACUCCUUCAUGCUGGGGUUCUCUGUAGCUCUGUACCUGACAGUCACGUUCCACCCUUUCUUCCCAGAAGCUCGCCAACCCCCGUGGACUGCUGGCUCUCAAGGCGGCCGCUAGCCCAGCUCCGACAGCAGCUGACAAUGCACAGUAUGCGGCCCGGGGCAGGCCCUGUGCUGAGAGGCAUGGGUGAAUGGCUCAUUUCAUCGGCAAGCCCACGCCACCAGCAGGCGCCAUUCUCCUCACCUUUCUCAGGGUCUCACUUUGUCACCCAGGCCGCAGCGCAGUGGUGUGAACACAGCUUAUUGCAGUCUCAACCUCCCUGACUCAAGCAAUCCUCCUGCCUUAGCCUCCUGAGUAGCUGGGACUACAAGCAUGUGCCACCACGCCCAGCCGAAGCCCAUAUGUGAAUGUUGAGGCACACAGCCUCCCCAGCCUCUGCCUCACCAAGCCCUCCACAGGGCCUAGGCACCCUCCCUGGCUGCCCCCUUCCCCUGUCACUCAGGCUCCCCAGCAGCCAAUGUAGUUAAUAUGGGGCUACAAAGAGCUGGGCCUGGCCUCAGGCGGGACCGCCUCCCCGGCAUUGCCAUCCCUGCUGCAGAGCUCCCAUGCGAUCAGCCUCCUCUCCAGCUGAGACCACAUCCUCACUCAGCUUCUAGGCUGUUCCUGCUCCCCAUUCCCCUCAGCACAUGGCCCCUGAGAAACUGCUUGCACAACAAUUUCCCUCUGGAGCUCCACCUCUGGGGAACCUGACCUCAGACAGAGGAGACCAAGCUCUAGGGCAGGAUCCUCAACCUCCCUUGCCCCACCUGUGUGGCCAGCCCGGAGCGCUGCAGACUCCUGCCCAGACCUGCACUCGUGCCUGCCUUCUGCCAGCCUGCUCCUCCUCCUCCCACUGUCACACCUGUAUUAACAGCACCAGGAUGCCAUACUCCAAGGGCCCCAGCCUCAUCUCCCCUGUCACCAGGAUCCAGCCAGAACUCAAUCCUUGCCCAUCCUAACUGAAGCUCCCUCAGAUCCAUCCACUUGCCCCUUCCCCGGGACCAUACUCCACCAUCUCUUGCCUGGACCCUGCGAGAACUUCCUGCCUCCCUGCCUCUAUCCUACCCCCUGCCCCUCGCUGAAGCUGAUGAUAGUUCCGGAAUGCAAAACCCCUUAAUGAUUCCCCCAUUGAUCAAAGUCUUCCACAUGUUUUCAAGGUCCUUGGUGAUCCAGGACCUGCCGCCUUCUGCAGUCUCCCUACUGAUGCCAUAGUUUUGGCUUCUAGCCUCAUAUGUCCCGGGUCAUUUCUCUGGUCACUGGCUCCUCGUACCCCUGACUCAGCUGGCUCACUGCUUUCCCACUGGAUCUCAACCCUGUGUACGUGGGGAGAGCGGAACUCUGUAUGUCUUGUCUUGUGCUAGUAGGCACUCAGUGUGUAUGUGUGGAUAUUCAUAUAUAUAUAUAUAUUUGAGAUGGAGUUUUGCUCUUGUUGCCCAGGCUGGAGUGCAGUGGCACGAUCUCGGCUCGCUGCAACCUCUGCCUCCAGGAUUCAAUCGAUUCUCCUGCCUCAGCCUCUCCAGUAGCUGGGAUUACAGGCGUGCACCACCACACCCGGCUAAUUUUUUGUAUUUUUAGUAGAGACAGGGUUUCAACAUGUUGGUCAGGCUGGUCUCAAACUCCUGACCUCAGGUGAUCCACCCACCUGUGCUUCCCGAAGUGCUAGGAUUACAGAUGAAAGCAAUCACGCCCGGCCUAUAUUCAUAUAUAUACUGAGGGAAUGAAGUCACCUCUUCUAGGAAGCCUCCCCUUGCCCAAGAGCUUUGGGCCAACAUCUCUGAGCCCCUGCAGGCUUGAGGACUUCCUCUGCUGGGAUUCUGUGGAGCUGUGUCACCGUGGGUGUUGUCAUUGCCAGUCACUCUUCUGACUCAGCUGCCAGGUAAAGAUUUGUUUUCGUCUCUGUAAGCCCCCAGCUCUGGCUUGGAGCUAGGCACCUGCUAGGCCUCUGUGAUGGUUCAUUGUGUGUGUCAAUUUGGCCCGGCUGUCGUGCCCAGCUGGUUGGUGAAACACCAGUCUAGAUGCCAUGGUGAAGGUCUUUGUAGAUGCAAUUAACAUCUACAAUCAGUUGGCCUUAAGUCAAGUAGAUCAUGCUCCAUAGUGUGGCUGGGGGUGGGGUGGGGGCAGAGCCAAUCAGUUCAAGGCCUUGAGAGCUAAAGCUAAGGUUUCCUGGAGAGGAAGGAAUUCUGCCUCCAGACUGUCACUGAAAUCCUGAGUUGCCAGCCUGCCGUACAAAUUUUGGACUUGCUAGCCCCUACAAUCCCGUGAGCCAAUUCCUUAAAAUAAAUCUCUUUACACACACCCACACACACACAUACACACGCACACACAUCCCACACACACAUGCACACACAAACAUCCUGUUGGUUUUGUUCCUCUGGAGACCUCCCAGCUGAUAAAGACUCCAUCAAUAAAUAUAAUUUAAACCUAA